GGAAACGGGAUAGCACACUGACCUGGGUAUCUUUGGAAAAAGUUUGGGAUAAUAUUGGAGGAAUUUACUUGAACUACAGAAAAUUAUGGGUGGACCUUGAUGUCUUUGAGUAUUUUUGUUGCUAGCUUCAAAAAUGAUGAUAAGAUGUGUCUCUUUUGGACUUUUAUGUGAGGAAAAUAUCUAAUGGCUAAUGAGCAGUAAUGUUGAAGUUGCUGGCCAUUCCUGAAGGCUUGUGAGAAGACAAGCUACUAAAAUGGCAUUGAAUAGAAUUCAAUUGGUGAAAGGGCUAGAAGAUGUGACGCUGUGUGAGAAAGAAGCCAGUACUUUUGAAGUGGUUCUCAGUCAUGCUUACGUCCAGGGUCAAUGGAGCAGAGAUGGAGUCCCACUUAAAUCCAGGCCUGUGUGUCGAAUUGCCAUGCAGGGCAAAAAACACACACUCACACUCACGCGAGUCACGGUUGCUGACAUGGGUGUCAUCAGCUUCAAGGCUGAAGGGAUUGAAAGCUCUGCUGUGUUGACAGUCACAGCCAGGGAUAUAAAGAUUGCGAAGGCUCUUCAGAAUGUCAAUGUGACUGAGAGGGAGGAUGUGACAUUUAUCUGUGAGGUUAACUGGGAAGACGUGGAUGGGAAGUGGUACAAGGACGACAACCGGUUGAGAGCUGGGGACAAUGUUAAAAUAAGAUGUGAAGGUAAAAUACAUUCACUAACCUACAAAUCAGUCAAACCAGAAGAUGCUGGUGAGAUAAGAUUCACUGCUGAGAGGGUCUCUUCAACAGCAACACUACAAGUGAAAGAGCUUCCAGUUCAUAUUGUAAAGCCCCUGAGAGUGAAGAUUGCCAUGUACAAACACCGUGCCUUGCUCGAGUGCCUGGUCUCUCGUCCCAAUGCUGUGGUUAAAUGGUACAGAAGAAAUCAUGAAAUUGUGCCAAACAGGAAGUACCAAACUAUUAGUGAAGGCGUGUACCGACAGCUUAUCAUAGAUGAUGUGGGAUCCUCAGAUGAAGACACUUUUAUUUGUGAUGCUGUUGAUGAUAGGACUUCCUGCCAACUGUUUGUAGAGGAGCAGGCCAUCAGCAUUCUGAAAGGACUCAGUUCUGUGGAGGUCAUGGAGCCUAAAGAGGCUCGCUUUAAAGUGGAAACCAGUAUUAAGUUAGAGAGAGCACCGAAAUGGACCCUAAAUGGGCAGAUACUAUAUCCAUGUCCAGAAGUUAGGAUUGAGAGGCAAGGAACUUCAAACAGACUAAUUUUCACUCAAACUGACAGUAGUAUGUGUGGCACUGUGCAGUUCACCUCAGGGAAGAGCAAGUCAGAAGCUCAACUCACAAUUACAGAACGCCCUUUGAUUGUCAGACAACCCAUUUCUGAUGUGGAGGUGAAGGAGAAUGAGUCAGUUACUCUCAGCUGUGAGUUCUGUCCAUCCCCCAGAGUGGUGCGCUGGUUCAAAGGUAGAAAUCCCCUGAUUGCUUCCAAUAAGUACGCGAUGAAGCGGGAAAAGAACCGGGUUGAGAUCACCAUCAUGGGUGUGAAAGCAGCAGAUUCAGGAGAGUAUCGCUGUCUGGCUGGUGGUUCAGAGACAAGCGGAAGGGUCAGUGUGGAAGUGAAAAGGUUAAAGAUCAUAAGACAUUUAGAGCAAGUAGAGGUCGAGGAGGAUGGAACUGCAGUGUUCAGCUGUGAACUGAAUCACGAGUCACCCAGUGUCCAGUGGCUGCUCAAUGAUCGAGUCCUAUACACCAACUACAUCAACAAAAUCCAGAAUUCUGGGAAAGUCUACAGUCUGAUUCUAAAACGAUUAGCUCCUCAAGAGAGCCGUGUAACAUUCAAAACAUUUGAUAUCAGCGAGUCUGCGUUCCUCAGGGUCAGAGAGAAGCCAGCAGUGUUUCUCAGGUCACUGGAGGAUGUAGCAGGUGAGGAACGUGGUGAAAUCCUUUUGCAUUGUGACGUUUCCAAGCCAUCAGUGACACCUGUUUGGAGGAAAGAUGGUGAAAUUUUGACCGCCAAUGAGAAGUACGAUAUUCUCCAUGUGGGAAAGUCAUUAACUCUUAAAAUUUGCAUGCUGAGAAAGGACGACGGAGGGGAGUACAGCUGUGAUAUUGGCUGCAGCCAAACUAAAGCCAAGGUCAUAGUUUGCGACCUGCGCAUUACCAUUGUUAAACGCAUACGGACAACAACUGUCCUGGAAGGGGAAAGCUGCAGGUUUGAGUGUGUCCUGUCUCAUGAAAUCAUUGACGAAGCAUCAUGGAUUUUGAAUGGCCGACUGAUUGUGAGCAAUGGACGGAUUAUAGUCGCUAACAAAGGGUGCAAGUACACAAUGAGCAUUCAAGAAGUUACGAUAUCUGAUGCCGGCGAAGUGGUCUUUACCAUUAAAGAGCUCAGCUGCAGGACUAUGCUGUUUGUGAAAGAGAAGCCUGUGAGAGUUUUUAGGGAUAUGCUAAAUGUUAAAGCAACACCUGGUGAAGAUCCAGAGCUCAGCUGUGAGAUCACAAAACCUGAUGCAACAGUCAAAUGGCUGAAAAAUGGGCGGCUAAUUAGAGUCAGCCCAAAAUAUGAAAUUACCCAAAAUAAUUAUCUGGUGAAGCUCAUCAUCCAUAAUGCAGCUAUAAUGGACUCAGGAGAGUACUGCUGUGAGGCAGAUGGGACUGCUACGAGGGCGAGAUUAGAUGUCAGAGACUUGCAACAUACAUUUGCAAAGGAACUGAAGGAUAUGCGUGCAGAGGAAAAGAGUAUGGUUACCAUGGAGUGUGAAACCAGGAGGCCUGCCGCUACCGUGACCUGGUUAAAAGGCCUAAUGGUGCUCAGCUCUGGACAGAAGUACAUGAUGAAGAAAAAAGAUGUUGUCCUCACGCUGACCAUUUUCAAUCUGGAGAAAAGUGACAGUGCUGUUUACACCUGUGACGUUGGGACAAUGCAGAGCAGGGCUUUACUUACAAUUCAAGGUCAAAAAGUAGUCAUUGUGGAUGAACUAGAAGAUAAAGAGUGUCUAGAAGGCGAUACCAUCAUCUUUCAGUGUCGGAUCUGCCCAAGUGACUACACUGAUGUUAAGUGGUACCUGGAUGAGACCUUGCUCUACACUAAUGAUCUUAACGAGAUCAAGAUGAUACCCGGUGGAUACCACACUCUUAUCUUCAAACAGCUGGCGCGUAAAGACACAGGCACCAUUUCUUUUGAGGCUGGGGACAAAAGAUCAUAUGCAUCACUAUUAGUUAGAGAGAGACGCCCCACAAUAACUAAAGCAUUGGAGGACACAGAAGCAAUUGAAGGAGGAAGUUUGGUGCUGUUGUGCAAGACUUCAAAGCCAUGUCAUAUUGUUUGGUACAAAGAUGGUUGUUUAAUCUGGAAUUCCUCAAAGUACUUAGCGAGUCGAUCAGGAAACGAGGCCAGACUGGCCAUCCGUGAUGUGAAAGACAGUGAUGCAGGGGUGUAUGAAUGCGAUGCAGGAUCUGUCAUCACCAAAGCCACUGUGACUGUUAAAGUUAUUCCUGCUGAGUUUACAAAAGCGCUUCAGAACCAGGAGGUCAAAGAAGGAGAGAGUUCAAUGCUGAUAUGUGAAUUCUCUAUACCUGGUGUCCAGUUUGUGUGGCGCAAAGGACCCGAGACUCUAAAAUCUAGCGAGAAGUACCACAUGAGGCAGAAAAAAUCUUGCAUUUCACUAACAAUACACAAUCUGAAGCCAGAGGACUCGGGCAAUUACAUAUGCAUUUGCAGAGACCAAAGAACUAUGGCUACUCUUACAGUCAAUGCGGUUCCUAUAUCAUUUAUUAAAGAGCUCAAGAACCAAGAGACAGAUGAAGGUAAAACUGUGACAUUACGCUGUGAGCUUUCUAAAGCUGGAAUCCCAGUGGAAUGGUUGAAAGGUGAACAAACUCUCUUGCCUGGGGAAAAGUAUCAAAUGAGGCACAUAGUCACCAUAUUAGAGCUGGUAAUCAGAAGUCCAGUUUCUGAGGACAGUGGAACGUACAUCUGUGUGUGUGAGGAUCAAAGGACAAAAGCCAUUGUCAAAAUACGAUCUCAGCCUAUCACAUUCAAACAGAAGUUAAGAAAUCAGAUGGGUGAAGAGGGAAAUAGUAUAAUCUUACACUGCGAGAUAUCCAAACCAGACACCCCUGUCCAGUGGAGAAAAGGAAGCAACCUUCUCAGGUCUGGGGAGAAGUACAAAAUCAGGCAGAGGGGCUGCAUGCUAGAGCUGAAGAUUUUUAACUUGACGCAAGAGGAUAAUGGAGUUUAUAGCUGUAUGAGUGAAACAACUGAGACAUCAGCCAACGUCACAGUUAGCGCUCAACCUGUCACUUUUAAAGAGAAGCUGAAAAACCUGGUAGCUGAGGAAGGAAAGAUGAUAACACUGCACUGUGAGCUUUCCAAAACCGGUAUCCCAGUAGAGUGGUGGAAUGGAGAGGAUUUGCUCCAGCCUGGAGAGAAGUAUAAGAUGAGAGAACGAGACACAUCAGUUGAGCUGAUCAUUUGUGAAGCUAUGCCUGAGGACAGUGGAGUCUACAGAUGUGUCUGUGGAGAUCAAAAGACCAAAGCUACAGUCAAAAUUGUUGGUGCUCCUGCUACUUUUAAGCAAAAUCUUAAGAAUAAAGAAGCUCUGGAAGGCGAAUCUAUAACCCUUCACUGUGAGCUUUCCAAAGCUGGAGUACCUGUGGAAUGGUGGAGAGGAGAUAAACUCCUCCUUCCAGUGCCACGGUACCAGAUGAGGCUGGAUGGAAAGACUGCAGAGCUGGAAAUAACUAAUGUUUUUCCUGAUGAUGCUGGGAUAUACAGCUGUGUGACUGGAGGCCAAAAGACCACAGCUGAAGUGAAAGUCAAAUCCCUUCCAAUUACUUUCAAGCGAGAACUUCAGAAUCAGAUCUCUACAGAGGGUGAGAGUGCAGUAUUUACCUGUGAACUUUCAAAGCCUGGCGCUACAGUCGAGUGGAGGAAAGGUAGAGUCAUGCUGAAAAGCGGAGCCAAAUAUCAGAUGAUGCUUGAGGGGCGAUUAACCAAACUGCUGAUAAAUAAUCUUGUUGAGGGUGAUGCCGGAAAUUACACCUGCAAAACCAAAGAUUCACAGUCGACAGCUGAAUUGACAGUUCAAGGACUCCCAGCUACCUUUAAAACAACUUUGAAGAACCAAGAAACUCAGGAGGGGAACAGUGUCACUGUGCACUGUGAACUUUCUAAGGCUGGAGUUCGAGUAGAGUGGUGGAAAGGAGAAGAACUGCUUAAGACUGGAGAAAAAUAUCAGUUGAGACAGAAAGAAGCAACAGUAGAGUUGUUAAUAAGGAAGGCACAGCCAGAAGACAGUGGAGUGUAUCGCUGCGUAUGUGGAGAUCAAAACACUGAAGCCACCAUCAAAGUUAUUGCUCUACCCAUCACUUUCAAACAAGAACUUAAGAAUCAAGAAGGUGAAGAAGGGAACAAUAUCACAUUGCGCUGUGAACUCUCUAAGGCCAGUGCUGAUGUGAAAUGGUUGAAAGGAGAGGAGGUCCUAAAGCAUGGAGAAAAGUACCAGUUGAGACAGAUAGCAACUAAAAUGGAGCUUGUUAUCAGAAAAGUCAUACCUGAAGACAGUGGGGUCUACUUUUGCGUAUGCCCUGAUCAGACAUCCAAAGCUACAGUUAAAAUCAAUGCUCUCCCGAUCACUUUCAAACAAAACUUGAGAAAUCAAGAGGCGGUAGAAGGCAACACAGUCGCUUUCCGUUGUGAGCUUUCCAAACCAGGAGCCAUGGUAAAAUGGUGGAGGGGUGAAGAGGUGCUACAAGUUGGAGAAAAGUACCAGAUGAGAACUGAGGGACGGAUUGCUGAACUUCUCAUCAAAAAUAUCAACUCUGAAGACGUUGACUUCUACAGCUGCACUACUGGAAAGGAAAAAACAACAGCGGAGGUCAAAGUUAGGGCUUUACCUGUCACUUUUAAACGAGAACUUCAAAACGAAGUAACCAAAGAAGGUGGACAAGCUGUUUUUAGCUGUGAGCUCUCUAAACCUGGUGCUCAAAUCGACUGGAGAAAAGGAAGAGUUAUUCUCAAGCCUAGUGACAAAUAUGAAAUGAAGCAAGAGGGCACAUUCACCAAAUUGGUCAUACGUAAUGUUGAAGCAAGUGAUGCUGGGAACUAUUCAUGUAAAACCAAGGAUUCUGAGUCAACUGCUGAGCUAACCGUGAAGGUUCCACCUAUCACUUUUAAAGUCAAGUUGAAAAAUCAGGAAGUUGAAGAAGAAAAUAAACUUGUGUUGCACUGUGAGCUCUCAAAAGCUGGAUGUCCUGUUGAAUGGAGGAAGGGGGAAGAGCUUCUUAGAUCAGGGUAUAAAUAUCAAAUCCGAGAACAUGAUGUUACAAGGGAGCUGAUCAUUAUAAAGGCUAUGCCUGAAGAUAGUGGAGUCUACAGCUGCAUUUGUGGGGAGCAGAAGACCAAAGCCACGAUCCGAGUAUUCGCCACACCAGUAACGUUCAAACAAAACCUGAAGAACCAAGACGCCCCUGAAGGAGGUGUUGUUAUUCUGCAUUGUGAGCUGUCCAAAGCUGGGGUACCAGUAACAUGGUUAAAAGGGGACGAGGAGCUCUGCAAUGGAACUAGACACAAGAUCAAGCAGGAGGGACUGGUUGCAGAAUUAAAGAUUAAAAACGUUCUUCCUGUGGAUGUUGGGGAAUACAGCUGUAUUGUUGGAGACCAGAAGACUACAGCUGAAGUUAAUGUUAGGGCUGCUGCCUCUGUUUACUUUGAGAAAGAGCUUGAGAGUCAAGAAGCAAUAGAGGGGGAUUCUGUCCUGUUCCGUUGUUUGCUCUCUAGUGAUAAUGCCCCAGUGACUUGGAGAAAAGAUGCAAAUCAGAUCACACAGGGUGGCCGUUAUACCCUUCACCGUAAAGGUUCAACUCAGGAGCUUGAAAUCAGGAAACUGAGAGUGCAGGAUGCUGGCAUGUACUCAUGCAACGUCAGAGGCAAGAAGACCUCUGCAACCCUCAGAGUGAUAGAGCGUGUGAGAAUUGUGAAAGGACUGCGUGACCUGACAGUUACUGCAGGCGAGAGCGCACAUUUUGUGUGCGAGCUUUCACAUGAGAAUGUUCUAGAUGGGGUUUGGUGGCUUGGUUCCAAUGAACUUCAGGAGAAUGAGAUGAACCAGAUGAGUAUCUGUGGUCGAGAACAUCACUUGGUGCUCACUAUGACUACAACUGAAGAGUCAGGUGUAUUGUCUUUUGUGGUGGGAAACGAAAAGACCUCUGCUCGUCUUUGUGUGAACAGCAAACCUACAGUUUUCAUAGAGGAAAGACUGAAGGACAUUACGAUUUUUGAGGGCGAUUCUGCCACCCUAUCCUGUGUGACUUCUGACAGCUGCACACCUGUCACCUGGAAACGAAAUAAUGUAACCCUGCUCUCUGGGGAAAAGUAUGAACCUCUGAAACAUGGGAAACGUAAUGUUCUUCUGAUUCAUAAAGUCAGAAAAGAGGAUGCUGGGAUUUACAUGUGCGAUACAGGAGACAUGCAGAGUAGCGCUACUCUUACAGUCAAAGAACGUCCCUUGUUUUUCUGCCGGGAGCUCCAAAACCAAGAAGCAGAAGAGGGUGAGACUAGUUUCUUGUGCUGUGAAUUGUCUCAACCUGGAGUUGCAGUUGAAUGGAAAAGAGGAGCAGUUCUUCUUAGGCCUGGUAACAAAUACGAGAUAAAACAGGAUGGAUGUGAGCUGCAGCUACAGAUCAAUGACCUCACAAGUCAAGACAGUGGGGCCUACAGGUGUUGUGCUGAUGGAAUUGAGACAAGAGCUAGUAUUACUGUAAAAGAGCGUCCUUUGUUUUUCCAUGAAGAGCUCCAAAACCAAGAAGCAGAAGAAGGUGAAUCAGCGUUCCUGUGCUGUGAGCUCUCUAAACCUGGAGUAGCAGUACAGUGGAAAAAAGGGGCAAUGCUGCUGAAGAAUGGACAGAAGUAUGAGAUGACGCAAGAGGGCAAUGAAGUACAACUUCAGAUCCAUGACCUCACAAGUCAAGAUAGUGGUACCUACAGAUGUUGUGCUGGCAACAUAGAGACACGAGCUAAUAUAAUUGUUAAAGAGCAACCCCUUUUCUUCUGUGAGGAACUCCAUAACCAGGAAGCAGAAGAGGGCGAGACAGCGUUCCUUUGCUGUGAGCUCUCUAAACCUGGAGUGGAUAUGCAGUGGAAGAAGGGGGCAGUACGAUUAAGACCAGGAGACAAAUAUGAGAUGAAACAAGAUGGCUGCAAAGUACAGCUACAGAUCCAUGACUUGACACGUCAGGAUAGCGGCACAUAUAAGUGCUGCUCUGGAAGCCUGGUUACCACAGCAACGAUUGUAGUCAAAGAACAUCCUUUGUACUUCAUCAAGAUGCUUGAGUGUCAAGAAGCAGAAGAGGGCGAAACUGCCCAUCUUUGCUGUGAGCUUUCCAAACCUGGGGCUGCCGUACAGUGGAAGAAGGGAUCUGUGCUGCUAAAGCCUGGAAGGAAAUAUGAAAUAAAGCAAAAUGGUAGUGAACUGCAGCUACAGAUCCAUGAACUAUCAAGCCAAGACAGUGGUGUCUACACAUGCUGUGUUGGUAGCCUUGUGACCUCAGCAUCUCUGGAAGUGAAAGAACAACCUCUGUACUUCUGUGAGGAGCUCCAAAGGCAAGAAGUGGAAGAGGGUGAGACUGUCAAACUGAGCUGUGAGCUCUCUAAACCUUUAGUGGAAGUGCAGUGGAGGAAAGGAACUAUGUUGCUUCGACCAGGAAACAAAUAUGAAAUGAAGCAGGAUGGCUGUAAAUUACAGCUUCUGAUACAUGAGCUCAACAGUCAGGACAGUGGCGUCUACAAGUGUUGUGCUGGUAGCUUGGUGACCACAGCAUCUAUCGAUGUGAAAGAAUCACCAGUUGUCUUCCAAGAGGGGCUCCAAAGCCUCGAAGCAAAGGAAGGAGAGACGGCCACUCUUACCUGUGAGCUUUCUAAACCUGGAGUUGCUGUGCAGUGGAGAAAGGGAACAGUGUUACUAAAGCAAGGUAACAAGUAUGAGAUGAAACAAGAUGGUUGUCUACAUCAGCUUCAAAUAUAUGACCUAAAACGUGAAGAUAGUGGCUCAUAUAAAUGCUGUGCUGGCACUCUCAUGACAACUGCUUCACUUGUGGUAAAGGAACAUCCUUUGUUCUUUUCCAAGGAACUCAAAAACCAAGAAGCAGAAGAGGGUAGGACAGCAAUAUUUUGCUCUGAGCUCUCUAAACCUGGAGUUUUAGUGCAGUGGAAGAAGGGAACUGUGUUGCUGAAGCCUAGUAAAAAAUAUGAGAUAAAACAGGAUGGCUGCCAACUACAGCUUCAGAUCCAUGAGCUUACAGCUCAGGACAGUGGGGAAUAUAAAUGUUGUGCUGGAAACCUGGUCACAACUGCUUCAUUUGUGGUAAAAGAAAAGCCAUUGUUUUUCUCUGAUGAGCUCCAAAACCAAGAAGCACAGGAGGGUAAGACAGCCAUAUUGUGCUGUGAGCUUUCUAAACCUGGAGUUUCAGUGCAGUGGAAGAAGGGAACAGUGCUUUUAAAGCCUAGCAACAAAUAUGAGAUUAAAGAGGUUGGCUGCAAACAACAGCUUCAGAUCCACAAUCUAACAGCUCAGGACAGCGGGGAUUACAAAUGUUGUGCUGGAAACUUGGCCACAGCUGCUUCUCUUGUAAUAAUAGAAAAGCCAUUGUUCUUCUCAGAGGAGCUCCAAAACCAAGAUGCAGAAGAGGGUAAGACAGUUACAUUGCACUGUAAGCUCUCUAAACCAGGAAUUUCAGUGCAGUGGAAAAAAGGAACAGUGCUUUUAAAGCCUAGUAAAAAAUAUGAAAUUAGUCAGAAUGGCCAGCAGAUACAGCUUCAGAUCACUGAAGUUACAACUCAGGACAGUGGGGCCUACAAAUGCUGUGUUGGGAGCCUUGUCACAACAGCAUCUCUUGUGGUGAAAGAACAUCCCUUGUUCUUCUCUGAUGAGCUCCAAAACCAAGAAGCAGAAGAGGGUAAGACAGUCACAUUAUGCUGUGCACUCUCUAAACCUGGAGUUUUAGUGGAAUGGAAGAAGGGGACAAUGCUUUUAAAACCUAGUAAAAAAUAUGAGAUAAAACAGGAUGGCUGCCAACUACAGCUUCAGAUCCAUGGGCUAACAGCUCAGGACACUGGGGAUUACAAAUGUUGUGCUGGAAACCUGGUCACAACUGCUUCUUUUUUGGUGAAAGAAAAGCCAUUGUUCUUUUCUGAUGAACUCCAAAAUCAAGAAGCGCAGGAGGGUAAGACAGCCAUAUUGUGCUGUGAGCUUUCUAAACCUGGAGUUUCAGUGCAGUGGAAGAAGGGGACAGUGCUUUUGAAACCUAGUGAAAAAUAUGAGAUAAAACAGGAUGGCUGUCAGCUACAGCUUCGUAUCCAUGAGCUAACAGCUCAAGACAGUGGGGCCUACAAAUGUUGUGCUGGAAGCCUUGUCACUACUUGCUCUGUUACAGUGAAAGAGCAACCAAUAUUCUUCUGUAAGAACCUCCAAAGCCUUGAAGCAGAAGAAAGUGAGACUGUCACCCUGACCUGUGAGAUCUCUAAACCUGGAGUUGCUGUGCAGUGGAAGAAGGGAACAGUGCUGCUAAAACCUGGAAGCAAGUAUGGAAUGAAACAAGAUGGCUAUGUGCUACAGCUCCAGAUACGUGAUCUUAAAAGUGAUGAUAGUGGGUCUUAUAAAUGUUGUACUGGUAGUAUUGUGACAACAGCUUCUCUUCUGGUAAAGGAACAUCCUUUGUUCUUCUCUAAGGAGCUCCAAAACCAAGAAGCAGAGGAGGGUAAGACAGUCACAUUGCACUGUGAGCUCUCUAAACCUGGAGUUUCUGUGCAAUGGAAGAAGGGAGCAGUAAUACUUAAACCUUGUAAAAAAUAUGAGAUUAAACAGGAUGGCUGCCAACUACAGCUCCAAAUCCAUGAAGUAAGAGUUCAGGACAGUGGGGCCUACAAAUGCUGUGCUGGAAGCCUGGCAACUAAUGUUUCUGUUAAAGUGAAAGAGCAACCUCUGUUCUUCUGCAAGAAACUUCAAAACAUUGAGGCUGAAGAAGGUGAAACUGCAUUCCUGACAUGUGAGCUUUCAAAACCUGGAGUUGCUGUACAGUGGAAGAAGGGGUCAGUGUUGCUAAAACCAGGAAACAAGUAUGAGAUGAAACAGAAUUGCUCUGAAUUACACCUACGAAUCAAUGAUUUAAAAUGUCAGGACAGUGGUGUCUACAAGUGCUGUUUUGCUAUGUUGGAGACAACUGCUUCUGUUGUUGUAAAAGAAUCUGAACCUAAAAUUAAAGACAUCCCUCAAGCCCCACCAAGAAUAAAAGUAAAAAACAUUAUGGAAGAAACACUUAGUAGUCUAGUCCAUAAGAAACAAGAUGCAGUCAUAGAGGAGUCAGACAUUUCUAUUUUAGAGCCAACAGAGGUUCACUUCCAGGAUCUCUCUAAAAAAAGGACAGACGACCAGGAAGACAAGAUAAAAUCAUUGGUGAGACAAAGGGGAAAAGAUGUGGAUCCCAUAAUGGUUAUCGAUGAGCCUAGUUGCACCAUGGGGGAACCUGAAAUUCAUUCUCUUGCAACCAAUGUACCCAAAGAACAAAAUAUAAUGGGGCUGGACACAUCUUCCAAAUGGGUUACUAAGAUUUCUGUGGACCAGCACAAUGAAGAGAUCUCAUGGCAAGUUCUAACAAACACUCCAAGCAGAACAGACAGAAAUGAACAGAGCAAGAAACCACCCAGAGAUGUUCCCCUGCCUCCACCACGGUCAAAGGGUAAGGCUACACAUACAGAUGAUUUACUCCAAGACCAGCACAGUGUUAACGAGCAAACUCUUUACAAGAGAGGCAAGGAACAAGAUGCUGUCAUUAAGGCUACUGUGGAGACCACAAAGGCAUUAAAGCAUGUUGACCUGACAGUUUCACUCCCUAAAGAGAAUAUCUCCCAGCUACAUGUUGAAACCAAAGAACAACCCUAUGUUUUGGAAGCAAAAAUCCGAGAUAUGGACAUAAAACAAACUGUGGUGGAUACCACGUUGAAGAUAGCUGAACAUGGCUUAAAUACUCCAGUCUUCAAAGAGAUAACAACGAGACACACUGAAUCGUGUCAGGAACAACCAAGUAAUUUAGAAGAAAAUAAUCAAUAUAUCAAACUGGAAUCAACUCUAAACAAGGAACCACUGCAUACAAAUAAAAAGAAGGAACUAAAACAGAAAUCAUUGGACAAGCAUGCUGCACAUGACAAUCAAAAUGUCCAAUCUGAAAAGAGUCAAUCCAUGGAUAUAAAUUAUGGACAAAUAACAAAGAAUAUUAUAGAAAAAGCACCAAGUAUUGCAAUUACAAACCAGAAUCUCAAAGAACAAAUCCAUUGUACACAAGACACCACAAUUCCUGUUAGAGAUGUGCAAAAGGAAUUACAGGAAGGUGAGCUGAAUUUACCACACUUUGAUAGUGGAGAAAUUAAACAUGUCAAGCAGGCUGUGGAUAUAAAAGUACCAAAGUAUGAAAAACUACCAAAGCAUGUAACAGGUAAAGCAGCACAUAUUGCCAUUACAAGCCAGAAAGUCAAAGAAGAAGUAAUUGCUGCAGAGAAAACAACAGCAAUUAAAGAUGUGCAGAAAUAUUCAGAGGAAGGUGAACUGAAUUUACUACACACUGAUAAUGAAGACAUGAAAAAUGUGAAGCAAGCUCUGGAUGAAGAUAAGGUUAAAGCACCACAUCAUGUUAAAGGAAAAGUAACAAAUAUUUCAAUUACCCAACAGAAACCCAAAGAACAAACAAAAGACACAACAAUGCCUGUUAGAGAUGUGCAGGAGGAAUUACAAGCAAAUGAACCGAUUGUACUACACAUUAAUAGUGGUGAACUGAAACACGUCAGGCAGGAUGUAGAAGAUCAUCAUAGCAAAGUACCAAAGCAUGUUACAGGAAAUGCAACAAAUAUUGCAAUUGUAAGCCAAUUCAAAGAAGAAAUAAUUCCUGCAGAGAAAUGUACAACAAUGUAUAUUAGGGAUGUGCAAAGGGAUUCACAGGAAGUGGAAUCAAACUUACUACACAUUGAUAGCAGAGAUGAGAAAAAUGCGAAGCAGGUCAUAGAUGAACAUAAUGUAAAAGUACCAAAGCAUGUUAAGGAAAAGCCAACAAGCAUUGCAAGACAUCAGUUACGAGAAGAAAUAAUUCCUGCAGAGAAAUCUAUAGCAAUAUCUUUUAGGGACGUACAGAAGUCAUCACAGGAAGUUCAGAAAGAUCAGAAAAUUGUGAAGGAGGUUGUCCUUAAAGAAGAUGUUUCCAGAAGAUCUAGCACUCAACCUGAGGAGGUGAUGCCAGAGGAGAUCACAAGUAUGGAUACUGACAAACAGAAGAGUUUAAAAGCAGAAAAACGUUGUCCUGGAACAGACACAGAUUUUGAAGAUGAGCCAGAGAUGCUUGAGGCUGCAAUUAAAAUACAAGCUGCUUUCAAGGGCUACAAAACUAGAAAGGACAUGCGUCUUAUCUUUAAGGAAGUGUUCAAGAACCAGAAUAUCGAUCUUGGUGAUGCUGCGUUCCUAGAGUGUGUUGUGGAAGGUAAAAUAAGCACUGUGCGUUGGCUUAAAGAUGGAGUAGAUCUCAAGUCUGGGAAAAGGCACAAAAUCACACAUAAUGCCCAUGGUAGGUGUCUUUUAGAAAUUUCCAGCUUUACAAAUAAAGAUGCUGGAAUAUACACGUGUGAAGUUGCAAACAAAUUUGGAGCAAUUAGUUACAAUGGCAAUGUGAUGGUGGGUAAACCAGAGAAGCCAUCACAAACAAUUGAGACAGUACAAACUCCAGGUGCAAAAAUGGUCUCUGAGAAAGAGAUUUUGCCAACAAUUAACACAGAAGAGGAGUCAUUAAGACUUGUCUAUGACCUACCGGCAGAUGAUACCUACAGCAAGAUCCAGGAGAAAAGGAGAAGUCUAAUUUCAGUCAGCUCUAUAUCGUGUUACUCAGAUUAUGACACAGCCCCAGAUGCUGAGACAGAAUACCAAUCUAGAGGUAAAGAGGCAGAGAAGAAAAAAGAAGAAAAAAGUAGUAAUGUGCAAUCCCCAAAAAAUUCAGACCAGCUAAAAGUGAAAGGUGGCGAUUCAAAGAGCCAGACCCCUUCACCCAAACGCAUGCAUUCCUACAAGUCCUCUGCAAAUGCUGAGUCGUUCUCUGAGUCAGAUGGAGAUGAUGAUAGAGGAGAGACCUUCGAUAUUUAUGUAGCCAAAAGUGAUUGCCAACCUAUGGGAGGAAACAAAGAGGCUUUCGUACUAAAGGAAGGACAGUUUGUGGAGGUCCUGGACUCAGCCCAUCCUGUGAGAUGGCUUGUCCGUACAAAGCCAACCAAGAACACACAAUCUCGUCAAGGCUGGGUAUCCCCGGCGUACCUAGAAAAGAAGACAAGGGAAAUAUUUUCAUUGACCCAUGAAGCAGAGACAAAAGAGGCCUCUGAGAAAGGCAAAACAGUUUUCACGAAGGAUGAGCACAGUUUGAUCCAAAGUCGCUUGAUUAAGGGACUCCUUGAUGGUGAAAACAAUUUUGUGCACGAGAUGAACUUCUUUGUGGAGCACCAUUUACAAUACUUGGAGACAAGCUCUCAAGUUCCUCUCACCAUCCUAAGUCAAAAAGAGUACAUAUUUCGCAAUAUCAGAGAUAUUGCAAGUUUCCAUGAAUGUUGUAUUCUCCCUAAGCUGGAGAUGUGUUUCUCAGAUGAUGAUGUAGCCCAGUGUUUUGUCACUUAUGCACUGGACUUUGAGAUGUAUCUCCAGUUCAUUACAGGCCUGUCCCAAGCCGAGGCUUGCAUCUCAGACAAAAACACACAGCAUUUCUUCAAGCAAUAUGCCAACACAGAAUUGGCCCAUUUGAAUACUCAGGUCUUCAAUGUUAGCACGUAUUUGCAAAGACCCAUGGAGAGAAUUCAAACAUACAAGAAUGUACUUAAGGAGCUGAUCAGGAACAAGGCCAAAAGCGGACAGAACUGUUGCCUGCUAGAGGACGCCUUUGCCAUUGUUUCCAGCUUGCCUUGGCGUGCAGAGAACUUGCAUCAUCUGUCCAUGAUUGAGAAUUACCCUGCACCUCUCAAGGGGCUUGGAGAACCCAUUAGACAGGGCCAUUUUACAGUAUGGGAGGAAAUUCCUGAGGUCAAAAUCUCUCAAAGAGGACAUCACCGCCACAUCUUCCUCUUCAAAGACUGUAUUGUCUUCUGCAAGCCGAAGAGAGAACUUGGCACAUACGCCGAGGCCUACAUAUUCAAGAAUAAGAUGAAGCUGAGUGAUAUUGAUGUAAAGGAUACAGUGGAAGGAGAUGACAGGUCAUUUGGUCUUUGGCACGAGCACCGGGGAAUGGUGAGAAAAAUUAUUCUACAAGCUCGAUCCAUCCUCCUCCGCCUCUCCUGGCUCAAAGAUCUGAGAGACCUACAGCAGCGCAGCAAACAGCCCACUUGGACUGCCCCAUGCUUUGAGCAGCAUCUUACUGACUAUCCAUCAAGGCUUGGACAAACUGUAAAACUGGUCUGCAAAAUCACUGGUACACCAAAACCAGUAAUAAAGUGGUAUAAAGAUGGUCAUGCUGUGAAAGAAGACGAGCAUCACAUUACAUCAGAAGGACAGUUAGGUGCUUGUUAUCUUGUAGUGACUAGUGUCACAGAGGCGGACUCAGGUCAAUACAUGUGUUAUGCAACCAAUCCUGCAGGCAACGCAAGCACUCUGGCUAAUAUCAUGAUUGAUGUGCCUCCAAGUUUUACAACCAGACUACAGAACUCAGUGCUAGUAAAGGGACAAGAUGUACAGUUCAAGUGCUCCACACAAUCUGCUCCUUUACCAUCAGUAAGGUGGUUUAAGGAUAGCAUUCAGCUCGAGGAUAACAGGAAACACCAGAUUCAUUCUGAUGUCCAAACAGGAAAUCUCAUUCUUACUAUAAAGAGAGCUGAAGACGCAGAUCUAGGCCAAUACCAGUGUGAGCUACAGAAUGAAGUAGGCAGUGCCAAGUGUAAAGCUGAACUAUGUCCUCCAGCACCAUUACCUGUGACAAUCAGGACCCAAAAGCAAUCACAAACUACCCCAACUCCAGAGCUUCAGUCUGAAGGUUGGUCCAGUUCCUUUGUGAAGAACCUGUUUCAUAUACUCUUUCAGCCUGGAAACCCUGAACCACCUGCCGCUGGUAUUGAAGACACACAAACGCUUAAAGAACAGGAGGACGAUGAAAGGCAGGUACACGCGGAAAAGGAAGAGGGCCCCGUAGAGCCUGAGGAACACUUUUACUCAGACACAGAAGAGGAGCUGUUGACAGAGCCUCCAGCUGUGCAUGUGGCCAUUGAAGACCUGACAGUCCGACCUGGCCAGCCUGCAACGUUCUCUGCUAUUAUUACUGGCCAGCCCACCCCAGAUAUUCAGUGGUUCAAGGAUGACAAAGAAAUUUUAUCCAAUGACUAUACAGAAAUAUUUCAAAGCAGUGCACGUUGCUCUCUUACUUUGCUAAACACUCAAGUAGAGGACUGUGGCAUCUACACCUGCAUAUCUAGUAACAGUGCAGGACAAGCAUCUUGUUUCGCCAAACUCAGUGUCGACACAGGUCCAGAUGAUAUUGAGGAAGAGAGAGAAGUGGAGUUUGGAAAAAGACGGAAAUUACAUUCUGUAUAUGAUGUUCAUGAAGAGAUAGGGAGGGGCACUUUUGGAGUGGUUAAAAAAGUCACACACAAGGCGAGUGGUGAAUGUUUUGCUGCUAAGUUCCUUCCACUCAGAAGCAGCACGCGGACCAGAGCAUUCCAGGAGAGAGACCUACUGUCCCGUCUAGCUCACCGCAGAAUAGCAUGCCUUUUGGACUUUUUCGCCACAAGACGCACUCUGGUGUUGGUUGUAGAAUUAUGUUCUACACAGGGGUUGCUAGAUCAUUUGUUUUUAAAAGGAUCGGUUUCAGAGAGGGAGGUCAAGUUAUAUAUUCAGCAGGUUCUGGAGGGCAUUGGAUACAUACAUAGUAUGAACAUCUUACAUCUCGAUAUCAAAACAGACAAUAUAAUGGUGUCCAUUGUGAGAGAAGACAUCAAAAUCUGUGAUUUUGGCUUCUGCCAGGAAAUUGACACUUCCAGACAUCAGUACAGCAAGUUUGGGACACCUGAAUUUAUUGCACCAGAAAUUGUCCACCAAGAACCUGUGACAAUAGCCACUGAUAUCUGGUCUCUUGGUGUGGUUACUUAUCUAUGCUUAACAUGCCACUGUCCUUUCUUCGGGGAGAAUGACCGUGCCACACUGAUGAAGGUCGCUGAGGGCCUGUUGUACUGGGACACACCUGAGAUCACAAGCAGAAGUGUCGAAGCACAGGACUUCCUACAUAGGGUUCUACAGCCUGACCCAGAAAGGAGACCUUCUGCAUCUGAGUGUUUAAGUCACGAGUGGUUUCAGGGUUAUUAUGAAGAUGAAGAACCUGAGAACAUAAAUACCACAAAUCUAAAAUCUUUUAUUUUAAGAAGAAAAUGGCAGCGUUCCUUGACCUGUCUCGGUUCGGUUCUGACUUUGAGACCAAUCCCAGAGUUGUUGGAGGCUCCUCUGCGUGACGUUUCAAUUACAGCUACAAGAGAAACCCAGGAGCCCAGCAGCACCUCCCUAAGUAGUGGAUCCUCCUCAGAGUUUGAUGAAGCAGAUGCUUGGGACUUCUUCCAACAGGUGAGCCAGGAGGAUGAAGAUGAUCUAGAAGAUGAGGAAGAGGACUAUAACCCAUACGUCCACGUAUCAAAGACGCCCACAGUUCUUAAACGGGAUGAAGAUGAUGUGCUUAUGGGUGAGGACCACAUUCACAGCGGCCCGCUAGUGAUUCCCACAACUGCACCAUCAACAGAGCCAGUCAGUUUGGAGAAGAGGGACAGUAGCCCCUAUCUUUAUCUUUCUGAGAGAGAUGAAGGAUUGGAUCCCAUACCACGCCGUAGCCUCAUCAAGAGCACUUUUUAUUGCAGCUCUGAGCAGCUCUCACCCAUGUCUGCUCGUCACAUGACGCUUCGAGAUAAAAUCCAAGCUAAAAAGCAAGAGCGUGGUCGUAAACCCCUUCGUGCCAGCCUCUCUGGCAGGUUAAAUGAGCCCCUCAUAGAGUAUGUAGAAGAUUCCCCAGACUUAGAAGCUAAUCGUAACCAAAGAAGAGGAUCAAUGCAUUCUUCUAUCCUCAAGUCAAGCUCUUUUGAUAAUGGAGUGAGUGCUGCUCAUCCAAGCAUACACACCCAGAGAAGAAGCAGAUCAUUAGAUGUAUACACACAACGCUCUCCAGCUUCAACUGAGCCAACAGUGCAAAGAGAGGAUGAGCAUGAUGCUGAAGAAAGCCAGAAUCCAGAUGUCACUGAUGAAGAAGAGGAGAAAACUGAAGAAGUCCAAGUGAGAAGGAAACUUUGCCGUCGCUCUGCGUUUUUGUCAAAGAAGGGCCCAGCCGUUGUGAGAAAGGUCAAAGCACAGGUUCAUAAGUCUGAAGAAGGACAUCAGCCAGCCUCGCAAAGUUCUUAUGAGGAUGACAACCAGUUGGUUGAAACAGAGACAAGACAUUUAGGAGGUGAGGAGAGCGUGGACGGCUCACAGCUUUCACUAGCAUGUUCGCUUGAUCACGGUUCAGAGGCUUCGAGCAGGAUAGGCUCACAUGAAGAACUCUCCCACAGACACGACCAUGAUGGGACCUUGAUCGCUGGAUCUUCUGGAAAAAUAUCCCCAUGCUCUUUACUACAAGACUCUGAAGAUGAAGACAUGGAGAGGGUCCUGAGAUCUCUUCGCCAAGACCUCCCGCAAGCCCCACCAAGACGGCGCACCAACAGUUCAAGCUCUGGAGUAAAUGAGAUGCGCAAUAAGAGUGAAGUCCAUCUGAGAAGAAGCUCCUCUGCGGUUCCUGUCCAGGCUGGAGUAGCGGGACGAGAAAGCAAAGAGGUGCUUCAAAGACAUGCCUCCGCCCCAGCUCUUGAAGUCAAACCACCUAGUGGGAAAUCGCCCAAGCCUGGAUUCAUGAAGAUCUUCCGUAAACAUUCGUGGGCUAGCCAUUCUUCUCCUCAACUAGAAGGCUCAGAAAAGAAACAAACUGAUGGAGCAUCCUCACAACCCAAGACCCCUCUUCUAACCCUGAGGAAGAAGAUGCGAGCAUCAGCCUCUAGCAUUACAAAACUGUUUACCCGACAGUCCAGUAAAGAGGAUGAAGAGAAGAAGAAAAGCGGACCAAUUAUGAAGAACUCCUCCCCUGUCAUGCCAGAGAAAUUGACCACAGUGAAAGCUGUCAGCUCAUCUGAAAGUCCACAGAAAAAGUCCAAAUUGUUCUCACUAAAAGUGCCAAUAUUUAAGAAAUCAAAAGAAAGUCCAGUUAAACCAUCCAGGCCUGAUGUCAUUCACCUAGCUGGUGGAGGAGCGCUUGUGUUCUGGAAACCUAUGCCAUCCAAAGAACUUGUUACAUAUUGUAUUCAGUAUAGUGUAAAUGGUGUGGAGUGGAGAAUAUUGUCAGAGAAUGUUACAGACAGCUGCUUUACAGCAAAUGCCCUUCCGAGAGGACCAGGAUAUAUGUUCAGAGUGUCCUAUAAUACCAAGACAGGGUUGGCACCUUUCAGCGAACCUUCACCUCCAGCCUUUAUGGCCACACCUUACGAAGACUCUCACAAUCCUCUCAUUGAAAUGGAAUCUAUUGGGUCAAAGGUCACUGUACCCGGAGGUUUUGGCACUGAGAAAUCCUACAGCUUCUUAUCUGAAAUCAACAGAGGCCGUUUCAGUGUGAUAAUGCAGUGUGAGGACAGCCGCAGCUCUCAGAUGUUGGCCUCAAAGAUGACACCCUACAGACCAGAGCAGAGGCAGUUGGCUUUAAGGGAAUAUCAGCUGCUUCGCCGACUAAACCACCCUCGAAUCGUCCAGCUGCAGUCAGCCAUCCUGACCCCCACCUGCCUGGUGCUUAUAGAAGAACUCUGCUCAGGACGAGAGCUUCUUUAUAACCUUGCAGAAAGGAAUCUAUAUUCAGAAACACAGGUGACUGACCUGCUAGAGCAGAUCCUGAGCGCUGUGGAUUACCUUCACAGCAGACGCAUUGUACAUUUGGACCUGAAGUCAGACAACAUGCUUGUGACGGGCCGAAAUUUAGUGAAGAUUGUAGAUUUGGGCUCUGCUCAGCCCUUCACUCCAGGACAGGCUCUAAACAUUGAACACAUCAAAGAAAUGACAGAUAAUAAAGGUUAUAUUGUCCUUCCUAAAGCUCCUGAAAUCUUAGAAGGACAAGGAGUUGGACCUGAAACUGAUAUCUGGGCUGUUGGUGUUUUGGCUUUUAUAAUGUUGAGUGCAGACAGUCCCUUCCAUGCUGACAUAAAUUGGGAAAGGGACCGAAACAUCAAAAAAGGAAAGAUUCAAUUUAAUCGUUGUUACCCGGGACUCUCAGAGGGAGCCAUUAACUUUAUGAAGAACACCCUGAGCAACAAAGCCUGGGCAAGACCGACAGCUGCAGAGUGCCUCCAAAACCCUUGGAUACAAGGAGACCGUCCUCCCUCUAAACAAACUGACUCUGUGGUCUACUUCUCAACAGAUAAGCUGCAGGCCUAUCUCAGGGAAAGAGAGGUCAAACGAGACCACGUCCGCACAAAAGUUAAUCUGCCCUUCCCAUAAAUCGAAGGACAGUAAAUAUUUGGAGGCUGAAAGUGAUGUGUGAAACUGUGAAAUGCUUUUUGUAGUUUUUUUAAAGCUUUUUAAAAAGCUGUGCUGCUCUCCCACGAGGAAUUAGAUUAUAAUGAAAAGCUUUAACUGCAGUGAUAAUCAAUUAUAUAUUUCUUUAGAUGUUUCAACUCAUGUAAUCAGGCAAUCUGCAUGACAUGGCUUCAGUUACUGCUUUGUAAUAAUUCAAAGAAUGAUUAUCUAUCUAUCUAUCUAUCUAUCUAUCUAUCUAUCUAUCUAUCUAUCUAUCUAUCUAUCUAUCUAUCUAUCUAUCUAUCUAUCUAUCUAUCUAUGUGAAUGUAAGAUGUAGAAGAGGUUAUUCCUUUUCACCGGUAUCACUAUAGAACAGGUUAUCGCUGAAUUAUAUUUUGCCCUGUGUUGUUAAACUUACGUGGCACUGCUCUAUCAGGGACAAUUUUAUUGUAUAAUUUACAUGAUAUGGUUAAAUGCAGUAUUUUAUUCAUCAAUUAUAUUUUUCUCAUUGUAUCUUAAAUAAUGUAUAAGGAUUUUUUCGGAUUUUUUUUGGUUUCGGAUUGUAGAUUUUAUAAGAGUGGUAAGGUCAAUUUAUGGGUUGCUGUUGCCUCUGCUGUGACGAUAAUAGUUUUGACAGUGCAUGCAUGUUUUUGUUUGCAAAUUGCCACCUGCACUUACAAUAAAUGUAUUA